AUGGCCUCAGGACUCAUCUUCAACCCCCAAACCCUCCUCCAAACAAUCCCACUAGCAACAAGCACCGCAACCCUCGCACACGCCCUACUAGAACUCAUCACCAACAAUGCCUUCCUAACACCAUCAAUCCGACAAACCUCAGACAAAGUCCUCCCAACCUGGUACAACCGAGUCUUCAAACGAGCAAUAUGGACCGUCGUCGCACUAAACAUGAGCACGAUCUCUUCGGCUACUGCAACGCUAUUCUUUAAUAAAUAUCACCCCUCUCACAGUCGCCCGCUGCAAACUACCUUCUUCUACUGGGUUGGUCUUGUGGGUGCUAUUGGGCAUUUGGCCUUUGUGCCCUUUGUGGCUGGGCCAGCGCGGAGGAAUUUUGAGGAUUCGACGGUGCAAGAGGAUCAGGGGGAGAGUGGGGUUGGUGCUACGGCGGAUAUGGAGAUGUGGUUGAGUGUUCAUCGGGUUAGGAUGGUCGUGGCGGAUUUGCCUGCCUGGAUUGCGUUUAUGGGUGCUAUUUUGACGCUGUGA